CGAGUGCGGGAAGUCGCCGGCGUUCAGUUGUGACUUCUGCCCUUACAAGGCUAAGAGAAGAGACAGUCUGAAUGCACACGUCCUUCUGAGACACAGCGCCUUCAGGAGUGCUUCUUUCACACAAUGAUUUUGAGGUGAAGGGUUUCUGGUGCCACUGCGGCCGAGGGUAUAAGCGACACAAGGCCCUCAUAAGACACCAGAAGUACGAGUGUAACAAAGAACCUACGUUCGGCUGUCCUCUGUGUUCCUACAAGGCCAAGAGGAAAGACAACCUGAGGACUCACAUCAUCAUGAAGCAUGGAAGUUUAUAACGGAGAUUUGGCCCACAGGUUCGUGUGCGCCUGUGGCAGGGGAUACAAGAACAAGUCGCACCUGACUCGACACCGCACCUACGAGUGUGGGAUAGUCCGUCAGUUCAGCUGUGACCGCUGCCCUUACGUGGCGUGCAGGAAGGACCACCUCAAGAAACACAUGGACCGCUUCCACAGAGACGACCUUUAUAGCUUCCAAUAACUGUUUCAAUUCUGGCUUUGAAUCCUUAAGGGAGUUUGUCGAAAUCUGUAGUUUGCUCUCCUGACACUAACCCUAAAAUUUAUUUAUUUAACACAUAUCUUUUGUUUAAAAACAUUAAGAUAUAAGUCAAAGUUUCAGGAAAUGUUCAUUAAGGACAGGCAACAAAAAAUUAUGCAUUUAAGACCAAAAGAAUUCUUUACAGUAAACCUUGUAUCGUAUUGUUCAUCACGAUACACUCGUAUGUAAGUUUUAGUUGAGACCCCACAUUAAAAGUAAACAACAAUGAAGGGUUAAUAUGUCAGCAAUGCAUAUUAUGGAGUACAGUAUACGGCCACAGAUGUUGGCGCGAAUGUGUGGAUUGCUGCUCGGUGUAUAAUUAUACAGCAUCAAGGAAGAAAAAUGAAGAGAUUUUGACAAACAAAGUGUUUGAUAACGAAACACUUAAUUGUUUUCUUAAAGAGUGUUCCUAAUAAAUGCACACUGAUGACUCUCCCGUGACAUAUUCAUAUGUGCCUUAACUUGAACUAGGAUUAUCGUGUAAUUGUAAAAUAUUGUUAAGUUUUAUAUAUUAAAUUCAUUGUAGAAAAAUCCCAAUUACAUUGUCAAAUUCAUGGAUGCUUUUACGAUGUGUAUGUAUAUAAUUUUUGAAUUGUUACUUUUUAAUGUUGCUAUAUAUUUUCAAAUCUUUAUGGAUAAGUUCAAUUUUAUAUAAAGAAUUGUUUUAUUUUACAAUUAUAUUGAUCAUUAUUUGAAAAUGCGAUUAAAGACUAUACUAAUGAAUUAAAGUGUAAUAAUUCCUGCCCUUAUUAAUUUAUUGUUUGGUUCUCAUUUAUUUGCUAUAGAACAAUCUUGAUAUAAGUAAACGCCGUGUACUAAUAUAUUUUAAUAUUCAAGCUAAACACAAAAAAACUUGCUCUUUAGAAAUGUAUGAUCCAGAAGUAGUAUUAACUAGAUAGAUUCAUACUUGUUUGAAUGGCGCCAAUUCUUGUUUUUGAUAACAUUUUGAUAACACUAGGAAUGAAGGGGAGAACUAACGAUACUUAUUAUGUAUGAAUGUACAGGGUAUGGCACAUUGUUGUUCCUCGUAAGCACAACACAGUUAUUUAGAACAAACAUCAUUAUACUCUAUGUACAACGUGACAGAAACAUUCUUCUGCCUGUACGUACAACACUUAAUGUCUAUACGAGGCCAGAAGCAUAAGGUAACAACAAACA